AUGUCUAUAAAUACGAACCCUAACUAUACUAACUUAUAUCCCGAUCUCAACAUCCUCUCCCCUAUCUCCAACGACUCCUCUACCACCCCUAGCAGCGCUACCACCACCCAACCUCCGACUUCUGUUCCAUCUACUUCUACCUCUCAAGUAUCUCCUGUAAAAGGAGAUGACGCUUCCGCGCUCCAUCUAUCCCAAGCAAAACAAAAGCGCGUCCGAACUAGCAAGCCCAAGGUUAAGACGGGAUGUACCAACUGCAAACAACGGCGCAUUAAAUGCGACGAGGUCCGUCCAGCUUGUACACAAUGUGUACGGAGCAAAAAGACAUGCAUCGGAUAUCCUCCACCCACUCGCAGUUCCCGCCCCUUUGAGGAGAUUCGCAUCGCUCCAAAACCAAUAGUCGCCCAGGCCCAGGCCACGUCACCUGUUGGCUCUUUGCCCUUCCACCGUGCUGAAUUCGUCCUGCCACCUCGCCGAGUCCGCCAGAAAAUUGUCCAGCGGACCGCCUUGGCCCUGGCAUCAUCUCCUACCGCGUACCAACCGUCCAUAAGUCUCCGCCUCCCGCCUACCGAGGGCCCCUAUUUUGAGAUUUUUCGAACCCAUACCGCCAACGAGCUAUCCGGUUACUUCGACUUUGAAUUUUGGACUCGACGUGUAUUACAGGAAUGUCAUACUGAACCUGCCAUUAAGCAUGCUGUCAUUGCCCUUGGCGCUCUUUACCAGACCCUUGAGCAGACAUCCGAACCAGCGGCCCGCAAUCCUUCUGUCACCAAUCAUCGCCAACAAUCCGUCAUGGGUCAUUGGCAGAUUGCUGUUAAGCGAUACUCUGACGCCUGUAACGCUCUUGUCGGGUUGAAUUCCCAGGAUCAAAAGUCGACUAAGACACUCAUCAUGGCUAAUGUUUUGUUAGCUUGUUUCGACUCCUUCAUUGGAGACCACAGGCAAGCUAUAAAGCAAAUACAGACCGGUCUUGGUCUUCUCGAGCGGUUACGGACCCAACAGCACGACCGAUUCCUGGCGAAUUCAUCGGCACCACCAGAAGAGCCUCUCGAGGAAGAGCUUGUCACUAUGUUCACCCGCUUGGCUAUCCAGGCCAAGUCUUACGACAUGGCCUUCCACUUCCCCCAGCCCUACGUGAUCCGCCUCACCAACCCGCAAACAGCAACUACGCCGCCGGGAGCACCGUCUUCCCCAAGCUCGAGCGGUGCCGGAUCGCCCCCAGCAAAUUCGCCAUUGAGCUUUCCAGAGAAUUUUACCUCCUUGCUUGAGGCGCGACUGGCAUGCGACAAGCUCAACGAGAGGAUCAUGCAGUACAUCGAGGGACUAUACGCAGUCAAGACGGAUCGAAAAGGGACUCUUCCCCGAUCAUGGCGAGAAUAUGGCCUUGAAUUCAAGAAUCAGAUUGAAACAUGGGGUGAUGCCUUCGAAAACCUGUUCAGCUCGCGGCACUCUUUAUCAGUCAAACCGCAAGAAAAGGCUGCGAUUGCUGCCCUUAAGAUGCUCCAAACUAACAGCCAUGUGUUGUACCUGAUGAUGUUUAGUGACCAAGAGUCGGACUUUGACGCCUUCCUACCUCAAUUUCAGACUAUUGUCGACUUGGGCCUUGAGAUUGUCGGCGAUGAGGAGAAGAGGGCUGCCGCUCGCCGUUGUCCUGACCCAGCCCAGUGUCACCAUUAUGAUAGACAUCAGAACGCGCACCUACAAGACGGAGGCAUCUUUUCAGGCCCGGGAUACUCGGCACCACAUAUCAAGCCACGAUUUUCAGCCGACCUAGGAAUCAUAGCCCCUCUCUUUGUUGUCGCGACCAAGUGUCGAGACCCUGUCACCCGCCGUCAAGCCAUUCAAUUGCUCCGGAGCAGCGCGCGACGUGAGAGUAUGUGGGACAGCGAAAUGAUUGCCCACAUUAGCACCUGGGUGAUGAAUCUUGAAGAAUCGGAGACUAUCGCUAUGACCGAGCACCCGAUAUUGAACAGCGGCGUCAGGCAAAUGCCUCGGAUCAUCCCCGAGGAGAAGCGGGUCAUGAUCCGGGCCGUUGACUUUGACUUGCGGACCCGUGUUGCUGAUCUCCAGGUCGGGACACGGGGGCUACAACCCGGCCUACCCGACCCAAAGUUUCGCCAAACACGGAUCACCUGGUGA